AUGGGAAAGGUAGUUAGCAUGUUGUAUCGAAUCCUUUGCCUGCUUUUAGCAUUCUUGCAUUUCCAGGUCCAUUGUUCAUUGAGUUCCCCUUCCUCUUUUCUUCAUUCAGCUCAUUUAUGCCUUCCAGAACAGAGAGCUGCCUUGCUUGAAUUCAAAAACGCCAUUUCUCUAGAUGAUUAUUGUGGGCCAGUUUAUUCUAAUUACCCAAGGACAAGUUCUUGGAAUGAAAGCACGGAUUGCUGUUCAUGGGAUGGAGUCAGUUGCCACACGGUGACGGGUCAUGUCAUUGGCAUUGACCUCAGUAACAGCUGCCUUUACGGUACUCUCCCUGCAAACAGCAGCCUCUUCCACCUUCAAAGACUUCAAUGGCUCGAUCUUAGUUCCAACAACCUUCAUGGCUCUCUUCUUGAAAACAGCAGCCUCUUCCACCGUCAAGGACUCCAACAACUCAACCUUGCUUUCAACGAUUUCAAUGGCUCUAUCUCAUCAGAGUUAUUUAAUCAAUUAGUGAGUUUGACCCAUCUUAAUCUCUCCUAUAAUUCAUUCUCUGACUUAAUCCCAUAUGAAAUCAGUCUCCUGUCAAAAUUGGUCUCACUCGAUCUUUCAACGGAUGGUUAUCCCGACUUGAGAUUUGAUAGUCAAGGUUUUGACAUGCUUGCACGCAACUUAACUGAAUUAAGAAACCUUAUCCUUGACUCUGUAGAUAUGUCUGAUGUUGCACUUUCUUCUUUUUUGAACUUAACUUCAUCUUUGGAACGUUUGAGUCUCAGUGAGUGUGAACUGCAUGGGGAAUUUCCAAGUGAAAUUUUUCGCCUUCCACACCUCCAGCACAUAGAUUUAAGUAGGAAUUAUGAAAAUCUCACAGGUGGUUUCCCUAAGUCAAACUUGAGUAGUGGCCUUAAGUUGUUGGACCUUUCCUUUUGCAGUUUUAGAGGGUCAAUUCCUGCAUCAAUUGGAAAUCUCUCUCAAAUCAUCCUCCUAGAUUUUUCUGAAAAUGAUUUUGGAGGACAGAUUCCAGAUGCUUUUGGAAACCUUAAUAAAUUGGCUUUUUGGUCACUUUCUUCCUGCAAUUUUUGUGGUCAACUUCCAACAACUAUGUUCAACCUCACACAACUUACCCAACUAGAUUUGUCAUAUAAUCGAUUAGAAGGUCCCCUACCAAAUCAUGUUAGUGAGCUUCGAUUGCUAGAAGAAAUUCACUUAUCCGGUAACCUUAUAAGUGGCGGAAUACCGUCUUGGCUGUUUACUUUGCCAUCUUUGAGACGGUUAGAUCUCAGCGAUAACAAAGUCAUUGGUCCGAUUGACCAAAUUCAGAAGCCUAAUUCUCUUGAAAAUAUUGAUUUGAGUUCUAAUGACAUUCAUGGAUCAAUACCGAAUUCUUUUUUUGAUCUUGUGAGCCUUAAAACGCUUGAUCUUUCCUCAAACAACUUGAGUGGUGUCAUCAAGUCAAAUAUGCUUGCAAAACUCAAAAAUCUUACCCAUCUUGUUCUUUCAAAUAAUAGUUUACUAUCAUUAAGCGCAAGCGAAAAUGAUGUUAACUAUUCCUUCCCUCAGCUUUUUAAUGUGUCAUUCUCUUCUUGUAGCAUAACACAAUUCCCAAGUUUCUUUCGAACAUCAAAUUUGUACUUUUUAGAUCUUUCCAAUAACAAGAUUUGUGGUGGAAUUUCCAAAUGGGAAGCAGAAGGGUGGGAAAGGUUGCUCGAGUUGGACCUUUCUAGCAACUCUUUGACCAAUUUGGAGCAAUUUCCAGGAAUGAAUCUACAAUUUCUUGACCUUCGGUCAAACUUGCUUCAAGGGCCAGUUCUUUCAAAUACUUUGAUUUGCAAUCAAAGUUCGCUUGUGUUUCUUGACUUGUCUAGAAAUUACUUGGAAGGAUUACUGCCACGAUCUUUGGCUAAUUGUAGUUCCUUGAGAAUUUUGAAUUUAAGGAACAACAAGUUCACUGAUACCUUUCCCCAUUGGUUAGCUUCACUUCCUGACCUACAAGUUCUUAUUUUGCGAAAGAAUAGAUUGUAUGGUCCCAUGCCCAAUUCCAUAGCUUCAUCUAACUUCUCGGCAUUGCAAAUAAUUGAUCUCUCUCAUAAUGAGCUCACCGGCCCCUUACCAACAAAAUUCUUCCAAAAUUUGAGAGCAAUGAAAGAUCAUGUAACUCAAAAGAGACUGUCGCAUAUUUGUCCAGGUUUUGCUUAUCGCAACUGCCUACCUUAUAUGAUUUAUUUUAAGAAAGCUUCUGUGAAUGUAACAGCAAAAAAAUUGGAGAUGGAGUUGGGAAAAACCCUAACCAUUUUUACAUCCAUAGACUUUUCGAACAAUUUAUUUUGUGAACGAAUUCCUGAGGAACUCGGAGAACUUAUUUCUCUCCAAGCGCUCAACUUGUCUAACAACAACUUGACUGGUCGUAUCCCACCAUCCUUCGGAAAUAUGGUAGCACUUGAGUCGUUAGAUCUCUCGUCAAACAAGCUUGGUGGCAGAAUUCCUUCCCAAUUGACGAAUCUGACAUUCCUCGAAGUGUUAAAUCUUUCACAAAAUGAUCUUGUGGGACCAAUUCCCCAUGGGAAGCAAUUUGGUACUUUUGAGAACGAUUCUUAUAGCAAUAACUUGGGACUGUGUGGCUUCCCACUGUCAAAGCAAUGCGGCAAUGAUGAAGAACCAAAACCAACUGUACCAGUGGUUAAGGAAGAUGAAGGUUCUGAAAUAGCCUUUAUUUGGAAAGUUGUAAUGAUGGGCUAUGGAUGUGGAGUGGUGUUAGGAUUGAGCAUGGGAUACAUUGUGUUAACAACAGGAAGACCAUGGUGGUUUGUCAGAAUGGUUGGGAGAGAUUGGCAAAACAAUGUUACAAAGUGGAUUCGCAGAAGCAGAAGAAGAAGAAAUUUGUGAGGAGCAGCAUUUUAUCAUUUUUAAAUUUGUGAGCAGCAGCUUUUGUUUGAAGUUUGUAUCGAAAAAUGUUGUAAUUUAAAACACUUUAAUUAAGAAUGCUUUACUUUUAAUUUUAG